CAACAGUGUUUAAACGAGCGAUAAUAUAAGUUCGACACACAGCAGAUGAUGUAAAAAGUGCUAAUUUUAAGUAUCUAAUAUUCAAUUUUGUGAUUUUAUUGAUUACGCGAUUAAAAAUGACUAAUUUAGAGAUAUUUUUCUGCUUUUUAUGCUUUUUUUCGUUCAUAAAUUCGACUUCUCUUGUGAACAAGGAACACAAAAAAGAAGGGCCCACAGAUGCCUUACUAACCAGUGAAUCACUAAUUUUUAUUUCGACACUAAAUGGGACCCUCUAUGCCGUCCACCAAUCCACUGGGGAGAUAAUAUGGAGCCUCAAAGAAGAUCCUGUACUAAAGAUCCCAAUUAAUACUGGAAGAGGGGGCCCAAUUUUCCUGGCCAACCCAAAAGAUGGGUCGCUGUACUCUUUCAAAUUAGGUCAGGAUGGGUUGAAGAAGUUGCCUUUUACGAUACCCGACCUAGUUUCUAUAUCUCCGUGUAAGAGUAACGAUGGCUUGCUCUAUACAGGGUAUAAAAAGGAUUCUUGGUUUUCGGUUGACCUACUGACGGGGUCAAAAGUUCACGUCCUAAAUAUGGAUGGCCCUCAAGAGAUCUGCCCCUCUAACACGGCGUCCACCAUUUUUAUCGGCCGAACUGAAUAUACCAUCGUUAUGUUUGAUGGCCAAUCAAGGCAGAUUAGCUGGAACGCAACAUUCAUGGACUACUCCUCGCACGUGGCAAUGGACGCUGAGCCCAGUAGCAGCAGCAACAACGACGAUGACCUUGACAUUCACCACUUCGCUUCCAGCUCUAGCGGGCACCUCGUGACCAUGGAUACCGUAUCCGGUCGGGUCAAGUGGUCCCACCAGUUUGAUAGCCCCGUCGUCGGGAUUUAUUCCCUGAAUAGCGAGCACGUUCUGGUGACGCGCUCCUUCCAUACGAUGGGGCUCGAGACUUUGGCACAUCUCUCCUCAAAUACGGUCGGCGAGUCGACUGAGUGGGUGGACAAUCCAACCCUGUACAUUGGAAAGAAUUCAGUAUCGGCCUACGCCUUGCCAUCUUACGUCGACGAUUCAACAGUCACCAUUUCGCCGAAAACGUUUGGUAGACCGCUAUUGGAAGGGCCAGAUCUAAAAAUACCGUCCAAUCACAGUGAGUUCUUGAAUAAGAAGGCCAAUCAAGAAGCGGAUCGUAAUAAAGAGGAGGGAGCUAAGACGGUCUUUCUUAUUGGUCACCAUGAAGUGCCUGACCUAUCAACAAGAUCUAAUGUAGACCGCCUAGCGGUCAAAUUAAUAGAGCACAAAUCUCAACAGCCGAUCAUUGUUAAGCAUCCAGAUGACCUAGAUCCCUAUUCGCUGACGAAUGGCAACGCCAGCUUCGCUAUUAACCAAUCAAAUGCCUUCGAUAUGUCGCAUGAUCAUUAUGGAUAUCUUACCAUCGUCACGAUAUUUAACGCUGUGAUAUUCUCUUGUUUUAUGACUUUUUUCCGUCGUCUGAUAGCAACAUUUCACCUAGUAAGUUUUAAAGUUUUACACACGCGACACGCACACACAAAACAUACAACACGCUCACACACACACACGCUCACACCUCUAAUAAAAACUUUUGAUUUAUUUUACCCUCUUAUAAAAAUAGAAAAGAUUUCCUACAACAAGAACGAAGUUCUGGGUCAAGGUUGCAACGGGACCUUCGUAUAUAGCAGGGGCAUGUUCGAGGGUCGUCAUGUGGCAGUGAAGAGGCUGCUGAACGGCAACGUGGAUGUCGCCAACAGGGAGGUCGCCCUCUUGAAAGAGUCAGACUACCACCCCAACGUCAUCAGAUACUUUUGCAUGGAACAAGAUCAGCAGUUCAACUACAUCGCCCUUGAACUUUGCCCUUUCACAUUGCAUGACGUCAUUGAAAUGGGUUUGAGUGCGUCAUGUGACUUGGAUCUCAGGGAUGUGCUCAAGCAAAUGUUAUCCGGGAUUGCGCACCUCCACUCUCUCAACAUAGUGCACAGAGACGUGAAACCCCAAAAUGUCCUCCUCUCCUGCCCGACUCCCUCUACAAAGUAUCGCGCCAUGAUUUCAGACUUCGGCCUUUGCAAGAAAUUAUUGCCCAAUAAGAAUUCAGUUUCUAAAACAACCGGGGCAACGGGCACCGAUGGUUGGAUAGCGCCAGAAAUGUUCUCGACCAAUCCGAAAACGAUGACUAAAGCAGUCGACGUGUUCUCCUGUGGUUGUGUGAUACAUUAUGUCCUCUCUAUGGGAGUCCAUCCGUUUGGAGACGCCAUCAACAGGCAGGCCAACAUUAUGAAGACCUCUUUCAACUUUGAUUCCUUGACUGGCGAAGACAGGGAAACGGCUAAGAACCUCAUAAAGAGUAUGAUCGACCAAACUCCAGAGAAGCGCCCAACUAUUAGCCAAACUCUAAAACACCCACUCUUCUGGUCCAAAUAUAGACAACUCUCUUUUUUUGAGGAAGUCAGUGACAGGCUAGAGAAGAAACCGGAUGAUGAUAUCUACGUCAUCAGGCUUGAGAGCAACGGCAUGAAGGUCGUCCAUUUUGAUUGGACGAAGAAGAUUUCAUCAGAUUUCAUAGCUGAUAUGAGGAAGUUUCGAACUUACAAAAGGCACUCCGUCAGAGAUCUUCUACGAGUUAUCAGGAAUAAAAAACAUCACUACAGGGACCUGUCGGCCGAACUGAAGGAGUCCAUUGGAAGCAUUCCAGACGGAUACGUAUCCUACUUCACCUCCAGGUUCCCGCUACUUCUCAUGCACACGUACGACGCCAUGGAGAUGCUGAAGGACGACCAGGCUCUGGCGCCUUUUUAUUAGAUGAGGAACCAUUUUGGCACCUUCUUAUCAGAAGAAGAACCAUCUUUGGAACCUUUUUAUUUUUAUUUCUCUCUCUCUUUCUCUCUGCCUAAUUUUUGGCCAUUUUACUAAUCUAUUAUAUACAUGUGGAGUGUUACAGUUCUCUGCUAUCAGAGGAACCAUUUUUGGUACCUUUGCAUGGUUGCAUGCUUUGAUGAAACUGGGCAGAUAUAUUAACUAUGUUGCCCGAAGAGCCAUUUUGGUACCUCUUUGUGGUUAAUUUUUAAUUAACGUUUGUGACGGGAAUUUAGAAAUACAGCGAAUUUGAGACGGGUGGUUCUGUCAAUGUUUCUCUUCUCCAAAAUUUGAUCUAUUUCAACCCGUGAGGUUUUAAAUUUUUAUUGUUGAUGUUGUUAUUAAUAAUUUUGCC